AUGUAUGCUGACCCAGAAGAGAUCGAAAGACCAGGCGCUAAUAGAUGUGCCAUAUUAGGACGAUCCAGCGGAGAGGAGAACGAUAUCUCCGACGAUCCAUUUGAAGAAGAAGACGGGCGGCGCAUUAGGACACACGGGAUAACGAUCCAAACUACUAGGGUUUCAAAUUGGCAGACCUUGUUCUAUGCCACCAAGAAGAGUAGAGACCUUGCCGACUGUUGGCAUGAGGUUGUAGAAAGGAGGCAUCAGUGGUACUCGGGUUCUUCCCACCAGAAGCGCUCAGCUAGCAGCGCCUUCAACAACGAUGCUGCCACGGGAAACCUUGCUACCUGCUCCUGCGCCGGCGAGAAUUCCGCAAAGAACUUAAAGCACGUUGUAUUGGGGGAGAUAUGGUUCGGACCGCUCCAAUUGUUCCACCAGAGGAGGCCCAGCAUAGACGCCAGCGAAAGAUUAGGAACACACCCAGCUCUCUAUUGGAGGAUAGACCCUGGAAGCGGCAGUACAGUAGCAAGCAGAGGGUUGAAGUGGGCGUACCGGCUCCGAGAUGAGCCUCACGCAGAAAUGACGUCACUGCGAAAAACGAAAUAUCAGGGAAAAGUUGUGAACCCUAAGUCACCUUGCGCCAGCGGGGCACUUGCGCACUCCCAAGCAUUGAGUCCUCAAUGA